GUUAAACCAUUCAGCGGCGUCAAACGACUUAAAGCAUAUGGUCAUAUGGGUAAAGCUCUAACGUUUACAACCAUAAUUUAUGGUGCUUUUGUGGCUGGUCUUGAUGCAGGAUUAAUCUAUAAUUCAUGGCCAAAAAUGGCUGAUAAGUGGAUUCCUGAUGAUUUAAUUGUAUCUCGAUAUGGUUCUACUGUGAGGAACUUUUUGGACAAUCCAACUACAGUUCAAUUUACUCAUCGAAUGCUAGCUUAUACAACAGUUUUAACCACAGGUUUAUUAUGGGCAAAUGUCAUGCGUUUAGGUGUAGCAUGUACAGGACCACGUAUUAGGAAUGCUGCACACUUGGUUUUUGGUGCUGUGUUAGGACAAUCAUUACUUGGCAUAACAACUUUAUUAUGUUAUGUACCAGCUUCAUUGGGAUCAUUGCAUCAAUGCGGUGGUGUUGUUUUACUUUCAUCCUUACUCUGGUUUACGCAUUGUUUACGUGCUGUUCCAAAAUAAAAAGUUGCUAACACUUUUUUUAUAUAAAAUAAUUGCAACUUUUUUUCACCAUCUCGUUCAUUUUCUGGAUGUUCCAUUAUAAUCAUUGUUAAUAUAAUCUUGAUAAAUAUAAUGCACAAAGUAUUCAAAUUGCUUCAGAAUAUGUUAACUAAAAAAACUAAUUAUAUUCACUUCCAAGCAUCUUUUUAGAGGAACUAAGGGAUUAAUCUUAUGAUUAAAAUGCAGGAUUUUGACAUCUGUAAAAUACUACCUUUUUAAUGGG